CUUGUUACUCUGCCGGCUCCAGGCAGGGCAUGGCCGGCUCCGUGAACGUGACGGGCGACGACGUGAAGAAGCUGGACGUCCUGUCCAACGACCUGGUCAUCAACAUGCUGCAGGCGUCCUACAGCACCUGCUGCAUGGUGUCCGAGGAGAACAAGGAGCUCAUCGUCACCCCCAAGGACAAACGGGGAAAGUACGUGGUCUGCUUUGACCCUCUGGACGGUUCCAGUAACAUCGACUGCCUGGCCUCCAUUGGCACCAUAUUUGCCAUCUACAAACGGGUGAGUCUCACUGUUUACCAAAACUACAAAUCUGUUUAUGGAAAACUGAUUCCAUAA